UGGCAAGGGUGCCGCCUAAAAGCGUGCCGAGUUAUUGGAUACGUGUUGUUGCUAGGGGCGUGGGUAGUGCCGUGAAAUAUUCCAGUUUCCUCAGACCUCCGCGAGAUGGAAUUUGGGAAGACAACAGUGUUAUCAGUCGGACGAGAGAUGCGCUGAGAGCUGUCUGCUCUCCAACCCGGGGCAAACUGUGCCGCAGUGAGGGCAUAAUCUGAUAAGCGCGUCUAUCCAUCCUGCACUCUGCACCAGGACAACGCACGGGAGAGGAGAAGUACACGCGGAUAGUUAUAGUGACAUUAUGCUGAGGUCACACUUCUCGGAGCUGAUUCAGACAUUCACCCGGAACACCUGCUAUUCAUUUCAAUCAGAGACAGCACGGGUGGAUGUGUGUUUACAGGGGGUGGCUGCUGCGCACUUGGUCGUCCCGUGAUGCGUCUGUGGAGGGGGCUGGUGCGUGGCUCGGUUUGAACAUCCCUUCCCUUACCACUGCAGGCACACAUCCCAUUUUUAUAGUUUGCGCUGGAUCUUGGCUCUUAUGCAAUAUGGAGGGAACUGAUUUCGUGAGCUCAUAGGUGGAAGUGGCAGUGACAUCAGGCUUAACUCGAAAUCUAUGUGCUUUAUUGCAGCAAGGUGGACCGGGGAGUGAGGUGGCCAGGAGCAAUGCACGCAUCCUCCGAGUUGGACAUUUUGAGAGGAUGCUGUAUGUCAUAAAGAAAUUCAAGGCAUCAGCCCAUACAUCCUGAGCUGGCGAACUGCGUCACUGCAUGUGAGUGUUGCAGGUAGGCUGCAAACUCUCCCACCGCCGGGAGAGGAGCAUGCGCUCAUCAUCAUCCCCACACAAUGUCGCCGGUAAGUAAGUGUCUAUAACAGUUUAACGGGGAUGGAUUCGGUGGACGAUUCAAGUAGUAAAGAUCCGCCUCUGGGAUCAACAUUUUCCUCAGCACCUAAUUUAGACUCGGACAUUAAUGCCAAUGCCUGUAGGCCCGUGUAUGAGAAUGGCACCGACCACAAUGUCAACAUCCAAAACGCAGCCCUGCGAGGAUCGAGCGACCCCAGCACGUACCCCUCCACGGACUACCAGGGGCUGAUUCGCCAGAGAUUCAUCCGGCGCAGUCUGUGGGUGUCCGACUCCGAGGAGCAGCAUGUGGACGCGUCGGAGUUUGUCAGCAGCAGCCCGGUGCUCAACAUUGACCUGCGGACCAUCGUUGAUAGGACUCGGACCCGGGCAUUACAGGGUGCCCGCCUCCAGGAGGCUUCCAGCACCGAGAGCCGGGUGGGCCUGAAAGACAGCGCCACAGAGAGCGCGAGCGCAGACCAGGAGAAGGGGGGCAGGAGCGAAACCGAGCCCAAGGCAGAGGUUGCGCCCUCAGAUGUCACAGGUAAAGCCGGAAGUGACGAGAACGAAGAGGAGCCCGGGAUGAAGGCUGUGUCCACCUCACCUGGGGGGCGUUUCCUCAAGUUUGACAUUGAGUUAGGGAGAGGCUCCUUCAAGACCGUCUAUAAGGGUCUGGACACCGACACCUGGGUCGAAGUAGCUUGGUGUGAACUCCAGGAACGAAAACUGUCCAAAGUAGAGAGACAGAGGUUCAAAGAGGAGGCAGAGAUGCUAAAGGCUCUCCAGCAUCCCAACAUUGUUCGAUUUUAUGACUUCUGGGAAUCACCGGUGAAAGGGAAGAAGUGUAUUGUUCUGGUGACAGAGCUAAUGACCUCAGGGACACUAAAAACGUAUCUGAAGCGCUUUAAAGUCAUGAAGCCUAAGGUUCUAAGGAGCUGGUGCAGACAGAUUCUCAAAGGCCUUCACUUCCUCCACACAAGGACUCCUCCGAUCAUCCACAGAGACCUCAAAUGCGACAACAUCUUCAUCACUGGUCCUACAGGCUCUGUCAAAAUUGGAGACCUGGGCCUGGCAACACUGAAGAGGGCCUCUUUUGCCAAAAGUGUUAUUGGCACUCCAGAGUUCAUGGCCCCGGAGAUGUAUGAGGAGCAUUAUGACGAAGCGGUGGAUGUCUACGCCUUUGGGAUGUGCAUGUUAGAGAUGGCCACCUCAGAGUACCCUUACUCCGAGUGUCAGAAUGCUGCUCAGAUCUACCGCAAAGUCACCAGCGGGGUAAAACCUGCCAGCUACGGAAAAGUCGGUGACCCAGAAAUUAAGGAAAUAAUAGGGGAGUGUAUCUGUCACAGGUGGGAAGAAAGGUACUCCAUCAAGGACCUCCUGAAUCACGCCUUCUUUGCAGAGGACACGGGCGUGAGGGUGGAGCUUAACGAAGAAGACGAUGGCAAGAAGUCAUCGAUUGCUCUAAAGCUGUGGGUUGAAGAUCCUAAAAAGCUGAAAGGGAAAUACAAAGACACGGGUGCCAUUGAGUUUAGCUUUGACUUGGUGAACGAGGUCCCAGAAGUUGUAGCCCAAGAAAUGGUGGAAUCAGGUUUUUUCCUGGACUGCGAUGUGAAGAUAGUGGGGAAGUCCAUCCGAGACCGCGUGGCUCUCAUUAAGUGGAGGAGGGAGCGGACUGUCUCACCCACUGGAAAUGGUGAGGCAGUUGUGAAGAAGAGGCAGCAGAACCUGUUACAGGUGCCCAGUACCGGCAUACCACAAGGAACCACAGUAGCCCCCACAGAUUAUGAGGACCAAGAGGCGGAGCAGCAGACGCUGAUCUGCACUGUGCCUACUACCACGUCUACCACAUCUGACAGUGGAGUGAGCUCUACCAUGCAAUUAGAUGACCUGAACAGUCAGCAGAAUGGCACGUACCAGUCGCUUCCAGAGCCCGUUUCCACAGCUCAGACGGUCUACAGUCCUCCGGCACAGGCUGACCCUCAGCUGCACCAGCGUCCCUACCAGCAACCUGCAGCACAGGCCUCACACGAAAACUACACACAAGCAUCCAUUCAGUUACACCAGGGCGCCUACCAGCAAGCCACAGGUCAGCUGCAUCCUGGGACCUUUCAACAACCUGCAGCACCACUGCACCAGGGGCCUUAUCAAUGUCAAACAACAGUUUCUGCUCCACCUGCUCCAGCCCCUACCGUGCACCAGAGUAGACAGACAGCACAGAGCUUUUCAGCUGCAGCCCCGACUCUGCAGACACAGCUUACUGCCCAACCCAGCCAGGAGCAGUGCCAUCUCCAACCAGCUGCUAUCCUGCCUCAGCUGGUAUCUGCUGACCAGCCUGCAUCUCACCUGAGCCCUCCUGAUCCAUCUACCAGUUUUCCACAGUCAGUCUCCAGUGCUCCUCCCCCUCUUCUGCCCCUGCAGAUCACCACACAGUUUUCCUCACCAUAUCCCGUUUUUCAAACAGGGGGCCACAAGCCCCCUCCCUUCUCCCCAGCUCCUCUGCCAUCUGCCUACAGCAGCGGUGACCCCCCUAUAUCUAGCUCCUACUACUCACCUUCACCUCAGCAUUACUCCCUUACCCUGACAACCCAUGCUCCGUUGCCCUCUGUACCUACUCUCGGCACCCCUCAGACUCCUCUGUCCACACCUCAACAUGCGCCCUGCGCGGCACACCCUAUUCCACUUCUUACCAUGGCCAUGUCCCCUGCAAUGCUACAGCAGCAGGCUGGCCCUCCCAUAUCUCAGCCAAACCUCUGUAGUUUCCAUUCCACCCAUCCCUUACCUCUCUCUCAGGUACAACCCACCCCAUAUCCCGCCCCCAACCCUGAGCAGGAACUGGCUGAGCAGCCUGUCCAGGCGAUCGCUCCACAAGGGACUUCGGAAGAUGCCCAGCUAUUGGCUUCAGUCCACCCCGUCCUGCAUGGUCUUCAGACACCUGUCUGGAGAAGUGGAACAGAUACAGAAACUACAGCAGCCGGUCUGGACAUAGCUGUAGCUCCCACAGUUUCAGUUCCACUCCCAGCCCCAGCCUCAAUCUCAGUCUCAACCACAGCCCAAGUUGAAAGUCAAGCUCCAGUACAAACUCCGGCUUUGAUGCGAGCACAAACCCAACCUCCAGUCCCUGGUCCAGGUAAAGCUGCAGCCAUGCCUCAAACCCCACCCUCAGCGCUUCUUACAGCUCCAGCCCCGGUCCCAGUGCAGGCUCCAUCUGCAGCCCAAAUUCAAGCACCGGUAUCUGCAUCAGGUGCUGCUUUAGAACAAGCUAAAGUCUCCUCUGUAAGCUCAGACACACCCUCAGCUAUGGGUAAACCCCAACUCCCAGUCCAAAGUUUGGCCUCAGGCCUGAUUCCUGUCAGUCUUUCAGCAUCAGUCCACUCUGCAGCCCCUCCUCCAGCUCCUGUCGCAGUUUCAGUCCCAGCUCCAGUUCUGCAGCCUGCUGGCAUCCAGACAGUCUCAGUGCCUGAGUGUGCCAGCCUGGCCACAACUCAGCAAAACAUGGAGGCGACAUCUGCAUCCAGCACCCUUCAACAAGAGCCCUUAGAGGAUGUGUUUCGAGACAAACCAGUAUCUCUGCCCAGUUACGCUUAUGACAGCCUCAACUCUGAUGUAGCAUCUGGUAAGGAAACAAGUGAUGGCUACGACAGCUUGGCCAGUGGGGGCAAGGGCGAUGGAAAACCCAGAAAACACCACCGCAAGUCUGCCCGUACACGUUCCAGGCAAGAAAAGACCAGCAAACCCAAACUGAGCAUGCUCAAUGUUUGUAACACUGGCGAUAAAAUGGUCGAAUGCCAGCUGGAGACUCACAACCACAAAAUGGUGACAUUUAAAUUUGAUCUGGACGGGGAUGCUCCAGAGGAAAUUGCCACUUACAUGGUUGAGAAUGGCUUCAUCCUGCUGUUAGAGAAGGAGAUUUUCAUUGAUCAGCUGAAGGACAUCGUGGAUAAAGCUGAGGAUAUGCUGAAUGAAGACAUGGAGGGUGAAAGGGACACAGGGUUGAGCUGCAGUCCUCUUAAAUGCCAGACGUCUGAAGGGCUAGCAGGGGAGAGUCAGCAGCCUGGAGCACCACAGCCUGUCUAUCAGCAGAACGUUCUUCACACGGGAAAGAGGUGGUUCAUAAUCUGCCCAGUAGAGGAGACGCCCACAUCCAGUCAGGAGACCCCUUCUGAUGGGACAGCUACGCAGUCACCUGGGAGCUCAGGCACUACCCAGCCUGCUGACGGUGGCACUGCAAGGCCCUCCAGAGAAGAAGGUUCAUCCUCCACAAUGUCUGGUGGAAGUGGAGGCUUUUCUUAUGACGUGUAUGGAUUCUGCAGUCCUCCAAUCACGUCCAACACAGACCCGCUCCUCUUGGCAACUCUGUCACCUCCCGUGUCUGCACCCCCGACUCUCCAAUCAGUGUCAUCAGUGGAGCCUGCUGGCGGUCCAGUGCAGCCUAGUGUGCAUCAGGCUCAACCAACCAAAGCCCAAACCUUACCCCCGUCUUCCCCCAGUACAUCUUUUCCAGUGGAAGAUCCGCAGGGAUCCCCUCUUGGCCCCAUCUCGCCGGUCCAUGCAGCUCAGCAGAUGCCUGAUAUGACACGGCCUGUUUCUAUCACUGACGAGGUGCCCUGCUGCCCUCUGGUCAUGCCCUUAUCUCUGGAUGUGAGUACUUCGCAGGCCGGAUCUCCACUCACUCCUCUUCCCCUCCAGGAGCCAGGUUCAGCCAAAGAGCCGCCAUCUCUGCCCUACGCUCCUUCAGCACGGAGCGAGCGGCCGCAGCAGCCCGUGGUGCUCCACCAACCUUUUCCCACUGUGGGAGGGACCAAAGUGUCCUCAUUACCCCAAAGUCCUGCGCCAUCCCAGCACGGCACGGGGCCCAAUGAGUCAGAUGGUGAAGGCCGACUGGGCCGUGGCGGCUUUGUGGACAGUACUAUAAAAACUCUAGAUGAAAAACUAAGGAAUUUACUCUACCAGGAAUAUGCUCCCAUGUAUCCGUCGGGCAGUGCCGCGGAGACGCCAGGAUCCUGCACAGAGUACAUCCAGUCUCCUCCUGGUCCAGACAGCGCCGCAGGAGGGUCGGGAAACAGCACACCAGGGCCGAUAGCGGAGGGACGCUACAGGGCAGGAGAACAGCUGCCCCAAAUUCCAGAGAGAAUGGAUAGUUUGAGCACACUGAGUGACUCAGCCGUGUGUGCUUCCCUGUCGAGAAGACACUUCCCUCACUCUGCUUCCUGUUCUGGAACAAGAGGACGAUUUAAGAUAAUUUCUGUCCCUCCUGAAGUGGCCAAUAGGCGAGAUGUGAAGCAAAGGAGCUGGAGCAGUGCUGCCUCACCGGCGCACCCUGUAGGAUACAGUGGGGAGCACGUUCAAGCCGAGGCCAUGGUUACCUCCACCACCAUCGGGCGCUUCUCUGUGGUGAGCACUGAAGAUGACAUAACACAGAGGACACGUUGCAGCCGCUACUCUGCCCCACCUGAUUUCUACCUAGACACACCUCCUUCCACGGCCAAGCGGGGCUCCCUGCCUCGCGCUCUCACCUCCACCUCUGUCCCCGUGGAUGUCACGGUCCAUGCGCGCUUCCUCUCCUCAGACUCUGGGGCUGAGAGCAGUCCUGCGAAGCUGGCCUCUGCCACGCCGUCUCAUCACCCUCGCUCUGAGCGCAGAGGAAGCGACCUUAUGAAGAGGGCCGUGGCCUUUCUCCGUCGUUCCGGCCGUAGCAGCAGCGUGCAGAGCUCUGACUCACCCAGCAGACAUGGGGGUGUGCACGGCUCAGCCUACGCCAGCAGCGAUAACGACUCAGAGAUGGAGGACUCAGACAUAAAGAAGGAGCUGCAGAGACUCAGGGAGAAACAUCUGAGGGAGAUCUCAGAGCUGCAGGCGCAUCAGCGGGGGGAAGUAGAGCUACUUUAUCGCAGGCUUGGUAAGGCUCCUCCUCCUGGCCUGGGUCUUUCACACUCUGCACCACACGCCAGCCGUAGGAAGAGGUCCAGCAAGCACAGGCUGAAGCCAGGCAAACUUCUCAGCCCUCUGGUUCAGCAGUUCCGAAAUGUCACAACCAAAACCAGUGACACCAGCAGAUCCAGUGCUACGGGUGCAGGUGAGCCAACAGUGAGCUUGAAUGGUUCCCCAGCCAAAGGCUCCUUCCCGACUCACAGCAGGGCGCGGUCCUGCACCAGCCACCUCCCGAGCUCGACCUCUGAGCCGGUGCAGACUCAGCAGCCCUGUUCUCUUAAGGGCUCUUUGUCAUCUGACAAUAUUUAUGCCGGAGCUGGACUGCACGGACAUGGCACUGGCACACAAGCACCCCCAGGACAAGGCUGGUCUAAUUACCCUCAACCAUCUGAGAGAGUGACCUAUAAAUCCAGUAGCAAACCACGAGCUAGAUUUCUCAGUGGGCCUGUGUCUUUAUCUAUCUGGACAACACUGAAGCGGCUGUGUCUUGGCAAAGAGCGCGGCAGCAGGGCUGGAGCAGCAGCGUCGGGAGCUUUCAAUCAACCACAGCAGUAUCCCACCGGAGUCACACCUCCACCCCAUCAGCCAGUGAUUGGCCUUGCUCAAGCUCAGGCCAACAACAGCAACAAUAAAACAGGCACAUAUAGUGGCACAAUAAUGAGCGGCAAUGACAACAACCUGCCUGAGGACUUGCAGCGUCUGAUGGAUGACUGGGCCAGGGAGGUUCUCAUUGUCACCCAACGGUCGCGCACGAACUCUCUGAGUAUCAGUGGACAGCAGCUUUGGGAUCAGGUGGUGCCUCAAGCACAGGAGCAGCUUGCUGGCACUUCAGAUGUAUCACCGUGGACAGCCCAAGGUCCAGAGGCCUGCAGCCUGCCCAUGUCAUGGUCUGACAGCCCAGGGUCAACAUUGUUGACCAGCUCCUCCACAGUGCCCCAUCCUGGUCAUCAGCUACACUCUCCCACUUCGUUCAGGGCCUCACCUCUCUCUAUUAGCCAGUGGCCUGGGUUUCUCUUUCCCCUUCCUUCAGGAGUUUUUGCCUUUCCUGCUGUGCCCUCAGCCCAGGACGCCCACAACCAUAUCCCAGCUUCAUCACAACAGCCGGCCGACCCCAAAGCAAGGACUCUGUAAUCUGAGUAGCAUUGUGUCUUCCAACUCUGUUACCAAAAAGAUAUCUCAUUAUAGUUCUAGUCAAUCUUCUGUGCAUAUAGUGUAUAUAUUUAACCAGCAUGUAUGUAACCAUAUGUACAUACUCAUCUCCAUUCUUGAGUUUUAUGUUCUUUGUUUAAUUUGCAUCAACAUACCUCAUGUUCAUUUACAGUACCUAAUCCUUGAUUGUGGUCUGUUCUUAGUUGAAAAAUGUAUAAUUAGCCCGAUCAGGCUCGACAGUGCAGAUAUUUCUUUUAUGUAUGAACAUUGUCACUCACUGAAUGCACAUAAUGUACUUCAUUCAUGUGUUCAUGUACAUGAAUAGUUGUGUUGCCCACAUCACCCCCAUAUAGAUGUGUGUGUGUGUGUGUGUGUGUGUGUGUGUGUGUGUGUGUGUGUGUGUGUGUGUGUGCAUAAAUGAAUUUUGAUUGGUCUGUACAUAGCUCCUGUGUUUGUACAGUUACCAUUAGAAAAUAGGUUGGUGCUGCAGCUAUUUGUCUUAAUGCAACACCUUAUUAGCCACCACCAUGCCAUCACUGUGAAGACUUGACAUCCUGGUCACUAGGGCCAGUUGCUUUACUCUGCUCUCUCAGUCCAAGGAUAGGUUUCAUUCUUCAUCGAUGAAAUGCUUCCAGCACAAGCGCUUGAAAUAUCCUUAAGAGAUUUGAAUGAACUUGAACUUUAUCUUCAGGUGAAGAAAACACCUGUGAGAGUGCCUUGAAUUGUAGUUUUGUGAAGACAAGCAUUUAGAUUCAAAACUGACACACGAUAUUCUAUAUAUACAUAUAUGCGUUCACCUUCACAGAUAAAUUAUGUGAUUUGAAUUAUGAAUGUGGAUUAAAACAUAUUUAAUUUCACAAGAAAACACAAAUAAACACUAUAAUCCGGUGUUACAGUUCACUAAAUAUCAGAGAUUGUAAAAAUGCAUAAAUAUCCAAAACUGAAUUAGGUACUAUCAUAUAUUUCCUGUAGGUUUUUACCUGUUCACUGUUGUGGGAUUGCUCUUCCAUCUGCACCGCAGCCUGCAUGAAUACUCUGAUAUUCUGAAUGUGCACAGGUUGAUGCAGUGAGAUACAGGAGGACAUUGUUAGGAGAAAGUGGCACUGACACAAUGUGACAAGGAGGGCUGAAGGACUCAGCGAAUGACUCGAUAUCAUAAUCAUCCCAUACCUCUAAUAAUGCAGUCUGUAGCUUUACAUAUUGUUGCCUUUGUGGUUUUUAAGAGAUUACUGUGAGGUUGGUUGUUGAUUGUUAAAUGCUGACGAUAUGAGGAUGUUAGAGGCGUAUUAAGAAUGUGAAUUACAGAGAAGCCACAACAUGUCUAUGUGCGACGCAUAGGUUUUUUAAAUCAUGUUUAUUAGAUGCUGCCCUCAUAACAUCUUCUGCCUCAUAUGACAAAUUAUAUGUAUUAAGGCUGACUUAAUUCAAAGAUCUCCAACAAAUAUUAUGCUUUCACUGCUAUUUACAGCCUCAAAAAAAACAACUCACUUUCAACAUGUAUAUUUCUUGCGUAACGUAUAUAACGCCCUGAGAAUAAUUUGUUGAAUGCAUUGUUUGCUCAGUGCAGUUUGUGAUGACUGAAUUCAACGAAACUGCUUUUGAUCCCCCUAUGGUUUCUGUUUUUGAGUGUGUACAGUAGUCUAUUUAGUAUUGCCCUUUGAAAGAGUUUUGGACGCCACAGGAGACAAAUUCAGAAAAAAAUGUUUCUCGGAAUGUAAAGGCCAGAUAUGUAGUGACUUACAGGUUUUGUAUGGUCAAAGUAAAAGAAAUUUAGAUGAAAGCUAAAUUUCCCACGACGCCCUCUGUGACAGUAUCUCAUCACUGUUAUUUUUUCAAACUUUAAGAAAAAUAUUUCCAGAGCCACAGAGGAUAUCACUCAACAGUUUUUCGCAGAAUAAGUGGUGAUGAGCAAUCUGAACUUUAAGGUUGAAAUCAGUAGAGUGCCCCUUUAAAAUCAAUCCUAUGUUUGCACAGUUUGAAAAUACGUUGAAACUGUUCUGUUUCUGGCAGAAUUUCUUAAGUAAAGGUUUUUUUUUUGUAGGAUUUCUCCUAUGCAGUUUUUUUCUUGUCGUUUGUUUUGUUUGUGCUUUACACGGUAACCUCGGUCUUUAAUCUCUUUAAUGCUUGUAAUGGAAGCUACGUGUGUGAUUGCUUUUUGCCUGCUGUAUCACCUGUUUUCCUAGCACUUUCCUGACCUCGUCAGAUCGGUACUCUCUCAAAAAAGAUGUACAUACUUGAAGACAUAAAUAAUAAAUUCAUUUUUGCUCGACA